AAAGGUAAAAACGUUGUACCGAAGACAGUUUACUUUCAAGUUGCUGUUUAUCUUUCAGAUUCUUUCACGAAGUGUCAACCGAUUGCUUUCUUUCAGUCAUAAGAAAAUGGCCACUAAAAUAGCACUGUUACAAAUGCAAGCUACCGAGGAUAAGACGAAGAACUGGGAAUUUGCACGACAGCACAUCAUCGAAGCCGCCUCUCAAGAAGCCAAAGUAACUUGCUUUCCACUAAUUCUCCCCCUCUUUCAGAUGGUAUUCCUGCCUGAAUGUUUUGACUUUAUAGCACCAACUAGGGACUACACGCUGCAACACGCAGAAUCGCUUGAUGGGCUACUCGUUGAGAAAUACCGUCGUCUGGCUUCAGAAAACAAAGUUUGGUUGAGCCUUGGUGGACUACACAGAAAGCCUAGUGACAGCUUGGAUGACCGAAUCUAUAAUACACACAUUGUCAUUGACUCGAAUGGCCAAAUAGCCGGAACCUACGAUAAAGUGCAUCUUUUCGACGUUAAUGUCAAGUCAAAGCAAGAUGAGAACGAGAGUUCAUCCGGUGUCAACAUGACCGAAUCACGCACCAUCAGACCAGGGACCGAGCCGCCCCCUGUAAUCCAAAACACGCCAGUCGGUGCACUUGGACUUGCUGUCAGUUCAUCCGGUGUCAACAUGACCGAAUCACGCACCAUCAGACCAGGGACCGAGCCGCCCCCUGUAAUCCAAAACACGCCAGUCGGUGCACUUGGACUUGCUAUCUGUUAUGACAUGCGGUUCCCCGAAUUGGCUGCUCAUCUGCGCUAUGCCAAAGGAGCACAGGUGUUGGCUUAUCCGUCCGCAUUCAGUGUGCCAACCGGAAAAGCUGGACACUGGCAUACACUGCUACGUGCACGUGCAAUUGAAAACCAGUGUUACGUUGUAGCUGCUGCUCAGGACGGUGCGCAUCACUCGAAACGAAGCUCCUAUGGUCACAGUUUGGUGAUUGAUCCUUGGGGUCAAACUGUUGCAGAACGGGACACACCUGGUCCUGGGCUACUCAUUUGUGAGAUCAGUCCAAUUGAAGCCCAAGACUCUCCUAUCAGUACGGUUCGUCAAUCCAUUCCAGUGGAAAAUCAUCGACGAUGUGAUCUUUUCUUCCUACCGGACAGCGGUCACAGAAGAGAUAUCGGAACAGAGGACUACAUGUUUGGCCCACAUGUCAUUCCAGCCAGCUGUGUUUUCUACCGUUCCGCGAUGAGUUUCGCUUUUGUUAAUCUCAGUCCACUGGUUCCUGGCCAUGUCCUUGUAUCUCCGGUAGCGUGUCACCCCCGUUUCGAUGAGUUGAGUCCCGCUCAGCUGGCGGACCUUUACCUGACUGUCAAACAGGUAGCCGCCCCAUUGGCUGCUCAUUUCUCCGCAACCAGCUUGACUGUUUCAAUUCAAGAUGGAAAGGAUGCGGGUCAAAGUGUUCCACACGUGCAUGUCCAUGUCCUACCUCGGAAGCCAAAUGAUUUUGCGCGCAACGAUAACAUUUACGAGGCGGGAGAGGUACUGGAAUUAGUGGAGCGUUUUACGUACCUUGGAAGUUGUAUUAGUUCUGAUUGCAGUGUGACAGAUGAGGUGAAUGCACGAAUCUGCAAGGCUCGGGCCGCGUUUGCUAACUUGAGACACCUAUGGCGUCAGAAUGGUUUAUCCCUGAAUCUGAAGGGACGUGUGUAUCAAACUACAGUACGGGCUGUUUUGUUGUAUGACUGUGAGACUUGGCCUAUUCGAGCAGCGGAACUGAGACGUCUUCAGGUGUUCGACAAUCGUUGUCUCAGAACCAUAACUCGUGUGCGUUGGUGUCGGCGAAUCCGUAACGAGGCAGUUAGAAAGCGUGUUUUCGGUUAUGUAACGGGUACUUCCAUUGAAGAAUGUGUCCAGCACCAGAAGCUGCGUUGGGUGGGACAUGUGUUGCCGAAAAGAGUGCUGUUUUCCAUGCCCAACUCAGAGUGGCGUAAACAGAGAGGUGGCCAACCCUUGACUUGGCAGAAGAGUAUGAAGUA